UGGUGGAGGUUUGCUGGACUCCAGGAUGCUCUCCGUGCAUCCCUCACCAGUUUCAGAGCAACAGUUUGGGAGAACAAGCACAGUGCUAUGGGCAGGAGGAGUCUGGGUGGGGACAGCCCCCCAGCUAACUUCUGUCUCUGCCUGCAGGCGCGCUUCACUGCUGAGUGCCAGUUCCGUGAGCGCUUCCAGGAGAACAGCUACAACACCUAUGCCUCGGCCGUGCACCGUGGGCAGCGCUCCGGCCGCCAGUGGUACGUGGCCCUCAACAAGCGGGGCAAGGCCAAGAGGGGCUGCAGUCCUCGUGCCCGUCCCCAGCACGUCUCCACACACUUCUUGCCCCGCUUCCGGCAGCCCCCUCCAUCCCAGCUGGCUUUCACCGUCGCCCGCCCUGAGAAGAAGCCACCCCCACCACCACCGCCGCCCAAGAAGAUGGCCACGUCACGGCACAGCCCCGGUCCCGGCCGCUACCGGCUAAAGUUCCGCUUUGGGUAGUGGCUCCUCGGGACACUGAAGGGCUGCUGGGUAAGGUGACGCUGGGAUGGACGUGGGAAGGACGUCUGUUGGCAGAGAUGGGACCCACAGUUCAGCUGCUGAUGGUAUUUUGCUGUGGAACCUCCACGGGACCGUGACACCUUCCCUCUCCUGUCAGGAGCUGGCUGAGCGUUGAGUUGUCACAAUGCCAUCGUGACAGUCCUUUGGGCUGAGCAAACCACGGGACCUCAGCUCUCCUCACAUGUCUUCCACGUGUAUUUGUAUAUAUGAGCAACAAGAUGUAGAACACACUAGAAGUUCACAAAAAACCUGGACUGUCAGAGGUCAUACAGUUCCUUCCAAGUUUUCCCUCUGAACCAUCUCUCAUUGCAUCCUGAGUUCGCCAUGCGAACAGAACUUUGGCUGCUGCUGGAUGGACAUCUUAUGAACUCAAUCUGAGAGAGGUGAUAUCUUGUGUUAAUUCUUAACAUUUACAGAUACUGAAUUCAGAUUGCAGCCUUCCAUGUUGGAGAUGAGGCCUGCAGGGUAAUGCAGCCUAACACAGCCGUGACAUCCAUGAGGUAUUCUGUGCUGUCACUGGCUUUAACUUUACAGCCACGUUAUUUUGAGUAGAAGAGCUGCUAUCAGAACUAAUAGGAACAAAACAAUGUCUAAAUAAUGAGAAGAAAUCCCACACCGCUGCCUCGAUGAACAUGUGAAGUGGCAUAAAUGUAUUUAUUUCUACCUAGGAGAACCACUGCUGUUCCAUGUAGUAUGUGACUUUGCUCAAUAAGUCCCAUGUGAACACGGGAGCUGUGCAGAGCUUUAUGUUGCGUUGAACAUUGACAUCAACUUUGAUGCUUACAGAAGCCUUCAUAAUCCCUCAGAGUUCUGGGUGAGAGAAAAACAGUACAGCCAGAGGAGAGCUACAAUGUUCACACUGCUUCUGUUUUGGUGUCUUCUCGGUCUGCUCCUGGCACAUGGCUACCCCUCAGACACUUGACCAAGUUGUGACUGAGUAUGCUGUUAAAGUUAAGCUUACUUCCUUGGCUUACUGAUAUUAAGUUUCAAUUAGUAGCAUUACAAUAGCACAAUUCACAACA